CCACAGAGCAAUAACAAUGCAGUCUUCAAGGACAUUCAUCAGCAGCCUGGCCAUCAUGGCUAUCAUUGCUUCAGUUGUCUGGCAAAGAGCAGAUGCGCAAGAAAAGUAUCUGUCCUGUUGCACGAGAGUGUCUAAAAAAGAGGUGAUGGAUCCAAUCAUUGGAUUGGAAGUACAGAGGCCAGACAAACUUUGUGCUGCUGCAGUGAUUGUUAAGACGGAUAAAAAUGAACAGUUUUGCUGCUCUCCUCACGCUAAAUGGUUGAAACCCAAGAUUAUGGAGUUCAAGAGGAAGCUGGACAGGGAGACACAGACUAAGCCCUCACUACUGUCUCGUAUCACAAGGUCCAGCCAAAAAGCUUAAACAACCAAGAUG